AGAGAGAGAGAGACAGACCAAUGACGAGAGUGAGAGAAAGCGCUGCAAUUAAAAAAAAAUAAAUGGCUAGUGGAAGUGAUGGCACGGAGACUGGUCUACCUUGUCUGUAGGCCUACUGCUGCAAGUUUAAUCACCUGUGGAGUGUUGGCAGCUGCCCUAUUUCUCCCUCGCUUUGUAAAUCAGCCAGGCUACUGACCCCAGCAUGUCAACAGACAUGGAACCCACUAUUGUAACAUGUGAUGCUAUGGACAUUGAGACAACAACAGCAGAUGUUACAGAAAGCAAGACUGGUCUCAGGAAAGAAAAGAAAAAUGAGAAGACAGAUGGGUACUUGUUGGCCAGGUUCCAAGGAGAUGGUGUGAGAUACAAAGCUAAACUGAUUGGUGUGGAUGAUGUUCCAGAACCUAGAGGGGAUAAAAUGAGUCAGGACUCAAUGAUGAAGCUUAAGGGAAUGGCAAUUGCUGCUCGGUCCCAGGGCAAACACAAACAGAGGAUCUGGGUGAAGAUCUCCCUUACAGGAAUUAAAAUAAUUGAUGAGAAAACUGGGGUGAUUGAGCAUGAACAUGCAGUGAACAAGAUCUCCUUCAUUGCCAGAGAUGUUACAGACAACCGUGCUUUUGGUUAUGUGUAUGGUGCUGAAGGACAACACCAAUUUUUUGCCAUUAAAACAGCUCAGGUGGCGGAACCGGUAGUAAUUGACCUAAAGGACCUGUUCCAGUUAAUCUUCAACAUGAAAACUAAGGAAUCCCUGGCUCCAGAGCAUAAUGGUGGUGAUGCCUUGCUCUGUCUUGAGGAUGAAGUGACCAUUGUGAAAUCUCCUGCAAAUGACCACUUGGGAACUGACUUGUUCACACCUGAGGAGAAGAACAAUAUCUCCCCAACCCAGGUGGACUCCUCGAUUCCAGCCAACCUUUUUGAAACCACCGAUGCUACCAGUCCUUUCGGUACAACGUCCCUGGGUCCCCAACUUACAGUUCCUGAAAUCGCCCCUCAUAUGUGGCCACAGACAAGUGCCUCUAUGUUGCCUCUCCAGGGUGGUGUGAUCUCUCCACAAUCUACCACUGCCUUUGGUGGUCCAUCCAUUCCUUGGGGGAAUCAUGGAUCAUCCCUCUUUGGAGCUCCAGCUGGACCACAGUCCUGGAGCCAGACUAAUCCCACAGGGUCAGUAGGUGUCUGGCCUCCGUCUGCUCCCAUAGGCAAUCACUUUCAACAAAGUCCCUUGCCAGGCAUAGGUGUCAUGAUAGGAGGGCAACAGCCAAUCUCCAUGUCCCCAGUACGUUUACCUCCAAAGCCACCGAUUAAAGAGGAACCUCCAGUGAUAAAGAAUGCCUUCAUGACCCUGGAUCCUUUGGGUGAGAAAGAAAAAAAGACAGGAAAAGACAUGUUCAAGGAUUUCCAGAUGGUUAAGCCUCCUCCCACCUCAAUAGGGAAAGCUGAGCCAGCUUCCACCCCUAAGCUCAGUCCCAAUAGAGAUGAAGCAUUUGCUCAGUACUUCACCAACAGAGUAGGUCUGCCUCAAGACGUGGCAGACCAUGAUGACUUUGACAUCAAUCAGAUCUCAUCCAACAUCAAUGAAAAAAACAAAAUAGCUCAUCAGCCAGUAAGUGCUGUAUCCUCCACCACGGCUCCUGUUUCAGCCACUGGAGUUGUAGAAGUGGCAUUCACUCCAGACUGCAACCCGGUUUCAACUUCAGCAUUAGAUCAGUUUAACAAUGCCUUUGGUACUGAUCCUUUUGGUGUAUCAUUUGAGAGCACUCCUGUCACCCAAACAUCAGAUAAGCCAAACCCUUUUGAGGACCCACUGGGAGAUUUCUUCAGCUGAGAAGCUUCAGUCUAAUGAUGUAAUUUUGUUCUUGAUGAGAGGUCUGGAUUGAAAAUGGACAUCAGAUCAACAACCCCAUCUCUGCCUUGGAUGUGUUAUUCAAUAUGUUUAAUGUGUAUACUAACACACACAGCUGAUUAUAUAAUAAAAGAGCGUCUUUGAUUUAGCCUACAAUCCUUAUGGAGAUGAAAGAUUUUGUACCCAGUAAAUGGAAAAAUGUAAACUUAUACUGUGUGUUCCAAAUUAGUUUUUUGUUUUCAGUAAUGUAAAGAGAAGAUUCUUAUUCAAAAUAUUAGUAAUUAUAAUGUCAUGUGUUUAUUUUAUUGAGCUACUUCUCUCAGCUGACAUAAUACUAAAAAAUGUUGUCUAUACUUACAUCACUUCUUAUUUCUUAUGUGAAGAUGUCUAUAUUAGCACAUACUAUAUUGUCACAUAAUCAUUACAUAAUCAUCACAUAAUCUUCAAACUCUACAAACUACAAAACUGUUCAAUAAAAACUAUUAUUGAUACAUA